GAACUUACUGGGUACCGCGGCUGCUGUGGAUUAGCUAUCCGGGUGAAACCAGUUCAAGUGUGCUGCUGUUGCAGAACUCGUUUUUUCUUUUUAUUUCUAAUCAACGUAAUUAUAUUUAGUUCAUCAUGUGCAGGUUCUCUCUUCCAGUUGGAGCAAAGUGCUAAAGAGAGCAGCAGCAGCAGCGCGUUCAUUGUUUACACGCGCGCCUCUCACUUCCUGGUACCUCCGCUGCUGAAGCGCCGGCUGCCGUGGCGUGGCUGGCUGGGAGCUGCUAUGAACGGCUUCAGCACGGAGGAGGACAGCCACGACGGGCCCCCCGCGCCGCCUUUCUACGGACAGAGCUGCUGCCUCAUCGAGGACGGCGAGCGCUGCGGCCGCGCGGCCGGGAACGCGUCCUUCAGCAAGCGCGUGCAGAAGAGCGUGUCGCAGAAGAAGCUCAAGCUGGACAUCGACAAGAGCGUCAGACAUCUGUACAUCUGUGACUUCCACAAGAACUUCAUCCAGAGUGUCCGCAAUAAACGGAAGAGGAAGACAAGUGAUGAUGGAGGAGAGUCCCCAGAUCACGACAUUGAAGUACCAGAGGUUGAUCUGUUCCAGCUUCAGGUGAACACACUGAGGCGCUACAAGCGACACUACAAGCUGCAGACCCGGCCUGGGUUAAACAAGGCACAGCUGGCAGAGACUGUGAGUCGUCAUUUUCGGAAUAUUCCGGUGAACGAGAAAGAGACGCUGACCUACUUUAUUUACAUGGUGAAGAGCAACAAAAGCCGCCUUGAUCAGAAAACAGACGGCAGCAAACAACUCGAAUGAGGUCACACAUGCUACAGUAACUAUUUCGCGGACAAGCAAGUGAAAGGGAUGUCAUUCACCAUGUACGCAGACUGUUGACACCACUGGGAAAAACUAUGCGAACACACUUUCUGUAGAAAGAUGCAAAAAAAGAAACAAAAUGAUUCUGUGGAGGAAAGCUGCAUAGGUUGCCUGCCUUAAUUUUUUUUUUUUUUUUUUUUCCCCUUCCCCCCCUUGGUUUCGAUUAACACACUGUAAAAUUCUGCCAUGGUGCAGAGGAUAAAAUUUUCUUAUUUUUCGCCAGGGUUGUGAGAUGAAGAUGAGUGUUAUGGGCAAAGAACAUGGGAUUAUUUUAAUUUAUUUGUCGUUCCUGUAAAUGAGACCCUGAACUGUAAGAGGAUAGGUGGUAGUUUGCUUAUGAGCAUGAAUAUGCAUAUACUGAUAGUGCUUUUUUUUUUUUUCUUCUCCCCCCCCCCUCUAGCUCCUUAACUUUGACAUAAACUGGGAACUUGCAGGUAGUCUAAACUGAAGUACAAACCAAAAUGUAACAAACACCUGUUUAUUAUUCCGAGUCAAGUGUUUCCUUUCAUUAUGGUAAUGUGUUAUAGAAAAACAAUGCUCCCUUUCUCGUGAUCUGCCGGUUCAUUGUUUUCAAGACUACAUGUAUGACCAGUGAUACUUUUGCCACGCAUUGUAAAAACAAUGAACUGUGGAAUAUUUUGACAUUUAAUUGGUUCCUGUGUUCCAACCAGAAAAUUAGAUGACACUUCUUAAAAAUAUUUAAGAUUAUCACUGAACACUUUGCUCAGAAAAUUUCUCUCUGGGGUUUAUGUAAUCAAGAAUGUACAACAGGUCUAGACAUUUCCCAUUGUUGAAAAUGACAGGUCUGCUGUCAGUUACCUUUCAGUGAGGGAUGUUUCCUUUCAAGUCCUGACUUAAUACUGUGCACUAGGUUUAUAUGAAAGUCGUCAUCACCCUGUGGAGCCUGGGGCUGCAGCUACCCCUCCUUGAUUUUGAAGGAGGAUUGCUUUUCCCCCUAUUUCCUUUGUAGGCUUACCAGAUCUCUACUAUUUACCAAAUAAUAUUUUGGUGAAAAGUUAUUUAAAGUCAAACCAAUGAAACGUGGCCUUGACAAUCACCUUAAGUUUUGAAGUAAUUAUGCAUUGUUAUUUUGUAACAGAAAAAUGUCUUCAUGUAAAGUUGCAUUGAAUUUAGCUAUUGUGUCUUAAGAUCAUGUCAACUUUAAGUGACUAAAUCAGAGGUAUCAGGCUCAUACUGUUGAAGUCCUUUGUUAGCAAAAAGUCAUUUUGGUGAUCAGUAUGGAAUUCAGAUGUUUUCUAUACUGUUAAAGUUGGUAGCACUUAAUUUACCAAAAAAUUCUUAAAAGGAAAAACAAAACAUUUUUAGUGCUUUAGGUCCCAUUAAAUAACCACUGCAGUGUGAUUGUGUGUAAAUUAUGUGUCAAGCUCAUUUUUGCCAAACGGGUGAAAAGGCCCAACUAUGUCAAACAAGCAGCAAUUGGAAUGCAAGUCUACAUACCAUUUCACUGUGACAAUGCUUGGUCACUGCUGCUGCUGUAGGUCUGUGCAUUUUUAAAUGUUUUUAAUUGUAUUACAUUUCAGUUUGUAUCUGUCUGAACAAUGCUAGAUCAUAGUGCCGUGUUAGUUAUUAUUUGCAAGAAUUUUUUUUCUUUUUUUUUCUUUCGCUUUGGUGUAACUUGUAUUAGAGUGAACAUAGCUAGUUAUAUGCUUAUUAUUCAUUUAAUAAAUUAC